AUGCUGACUUUGAUCCAGCUGAUAAUUUCGCUUUUUUUGACGAGCAUUAGCUCAGCUGAUGCGGAGAGACUUUUCCAUAAUCGGGAUCAUUCUGACGUGCAGACCUUCAGCUCUCACCAAGCUGAGGUUAUAACAGACAAAUAUGGAUUCAUUAAGCCAGUGAACUGGGAGGAGAUCCAGUUUGAGGAUUCAGACUCGUCUUUUAGCGAUGACUUCCCGGAUGAUCUGCAGGACAUGAUCCAGGAAGGAAUCUCAGUGCAUCAUUCAAGGGAUGCUCCUCGGGACCACGACAGCCAAGCGUUUAUUUCAGCACUUGAGGAGUUUCAGAGGGUGUCGGGCCUGCCUGUCACAGGUGUGCUUGAUGAGGCCACCAAGGCGGCAAUGAACAAACCGAGGUGUGGAGUCCCUGACAAGGAGACAGACCUGAACGCCCCUGUAGCACCUGAGAACAGUAGUGCCCUGCAUGCUGACACAUUUAAUGAGACCGACAGUAACAACACAGCAAGCAAUAUAAUGAGUGACACUUCUUUUGGUACCGCUAACUCCUUUGAGGAUGAGAUAUUCAAUUCUAAUGACACAGAGAGUGUUCUCACAGGGAUUUCUAAUGACACCAGCAGGAAUUACACAGAAGACUUCUUUGAUCCAAUUUCAAAUAACACUUUUCCAAAUAGCUCACAUGGCACCAGCAUGGACAGUCAGACUGUGAACGACAGCGUGAGCAUCCGUCAGAGCGAGGCAGUGCGACGCAGGAAACGUCACCUGGCCGCUCUCGUGUCCAAAAACAGGCGCAAGAGAGAUCUGAGUGAAACGGGUUACAUGGCUUUUUCUAAGAGGGUGUUGAAAUGGAGGCUGAUAGGAGAAGGCUACAGCAGUCAGCUGUCGAUUGAAGACCAGAGGUACGUCUUCAGGCUGGCCUUCAGGAUGUGGAGCGAGGUGUCUCCGCUGGAGUUUGUGGAGGAUGUUCAUUCCCCGCUGGAGGAUGUUGAUAUCAGGCUGGGCUUUGGCACAGGAAGGCACCUGGGUUGCAACCAGAGGUUUGAUGGCACUGGUCAUGAAUUUGCCCACGCCUGGUUUCUGGGUGAUAUACACUUCGAUGAUGACGAACAUUUCACUGGUCCCAAUGCAGGCACCGGGAUCAGCCUUCUCAAAGUGGCGGUUCAUGAGAUCGGCCAUGUUUUGGGUCUCCCCCACAUCUACAGGCCUGGCUCUAUAAUGCAGCCCAGCUAUCUGCCACAGGAGUCAGGCUUCGAGAUGGACUGGAUGGACAGGAAAGCUGUACAGCACCUCUACGGGGGCUGUAAAGGUCGAUUCAACACAGUAUUUGAUUGGAUCAGAAAGGAGAAGACACCCUACGGGGAGGUGGUCGUCCGCUUUAACACCUAUUUCGUAAGAGACGGCUGGUACUGGCUGUAUGAGAACAGGAACAACCGAACACGCUAUGGAGAUCCAGUCGCGCUGCAGAUUGGCUGGCGUGGCAUUCCCAUGGACGGAGUGGAUGCUUAUGUGCAUGUGUGGUCCAGGAAAAGAGAUGCUGUUUACUUCUUUAAAGGUACGCAGUUCUGGAGGUAUGACAAUGAGAAUGACCAGGUGUUCAGACAGGACCCCGAAGGUCACCGCUAUCCGAGGCUGAUCUCUGAGGGUUUCCCAGGGGUGUUCAGCCCCAUUGACACAGCCUUUUACGACAGGAGGGACUCCUGUAUCUACUUCUUCAAAAACACUCUGGUGUACGCCUUCGACGUGGAAGCCAACAGCUUGGCGAGAGGCUUCCCCAAAAACAUCAGAGAAGUUUUCCCUGCAGUGGAGAGCGGAGACCAUCCAGAUGGCAACAUCGACGCCGCCUACUUCUCCUACACCCACAACGCCGUCUUUCUGCUCAAGGGCACGCGCUUCUGGCAGGUGGUGGGCAGCCGCAAACGCUGGCGCCGGGCCUUUCUGCCGCGGAAUGGCCUGCUGCCACACAAGGAGGUGGAUCAGCAGUGGUUCGACAUCUGCAACGUUCAUCCCACCGCGCUCAGACUAACUCGCUGA